CGCCGCUCCGCGCGGCAUGAGGGGCCCGCCGCGGGCAGGAGGGCUGUGCCGGCGACGGCGGCUGGCGGCGUGAGGGGCUCGGCGGCCGGAGCAGGUACCCGUGACCCCCGCCGGGAGGGUUCUGAGCGCUCGGCAACAUGGCUUCCCCGCCCCACCAGCAGCUGCUGCAGCACCACAGCACCGAGGUGAGCUGCGACUCCAGCGGAGACAGCAACAGCGUGAGGGUCAAAAUCAACCCCAGGCAGCUGUCCUCCAACAGCCACCCCAAGCACUGCAAGUACAGCAUCUCCUCCAGCUGCAGCAGCUCUGGGGACUCGGGAGGGGUCCCCCGGAGAGCGGGCGCCGGAGGCCGCCUGCGCCGGCAGAAGAAGCUGCCCCAGCUGUUCGAGAGGGCCUCCAGCCGGUGGUGGGACCCCAAGUUCGAUUCGGUGAACCUGGAGGAGGCUUGCAUGGAGCGCUGCUUCCCGCAGACCCAGCGCCGCUUCCGGUAUGCGCUCUUCUACGUCGGCUUCGCCUGCCUCCUAUGGAGCAUCUACUUUGGGGUACACAUGCGGUCCAGACUGAUUGUCAUGGUGGCCCCAGCUCUGUGCUUCCUCGUAGUAUGUGUGGGCUUUUUUCUGUUUACCUUCACCAAGCUGUAUGCCCGGCAUUACGUGUGGACCUCUCUGGUUCUCACCCUCCUCGUGUUCGCCCUGACCCUGGCUGCCCAGUUUCAGGUUUUGACGCCUCUCUCAGGACGUGUUGACAGCUCCAAUCAUACCCUUGCAGCCAAGCGCACAGACACUUGCUUAUCUCAAGUGGGGAGCUUUUCCAUGUGCAUUGAAGUGCUCUUUUUGCUCUACACCGUCAUGCACUUACCUUUGUACUUGAGCUUGUUUUUGGGAGUGGUGUAUUCUGUUCUCUUUGAGACCUUUGGCUAUCAUUUCCGAGACAAAGACUGCUUUCCCCCACCUGGAGCAGGGGCCCCACACUGGGAGCUGCUGAGCAGAGCCCUGCUUCACGUCUGCAUCCACGCCAUUGGGAUUCACCUAUUUAUCAUGUCCCAGGUGAGAUCUAGGAGCACUUUUCUCAAGGUGGGACAGUCAAUUAUGCAUGGAAAGGAUCUGGAAGUGGAAAAAGCCCUGAAAGAGAGGAUGAUUCAUUCUGUGAUGCCAAGAAUCAUAGCUGAUGACCUGAUGAAACAGGGGGAUGAGGAGAGUGAGAAUUCUGUCAAAAGGCAUGCCACAUCCAGCCCCAAGAACAGGAAGAAAAAGUCCUCCAUACAGAAAGCCCCUAUAGCAUUCCGCCCUUUCAAAAUGCAGCAGAUCGAAGAAGUCAGUAUUUUAUUUGCAGAUAUCGUGGGCUUCACCAAGAUGAGUGCCAAUAAGUCUGCUCAUGCCCUGGUGGGUCUCCUCAACGAUCUGUUUGGUCGCUUCGACCGCUUGUGUGAAGAGACCAAGUGUGAGAAAAUCAGCACCCUGGGUGACUGCUACUAUUGUGUGGCGGGGUGUCCAGAGCCCCGGGCUGACCAUGCCUACUGCUGCAUUGAGAUGGGCUUGGGCAUGAUCAGAGCCAUCGAGCAGUUCUGCCAAGAGAAGAAAGAGAUGGUGAACAUGCGUGUCGGGGUUCACACAGGGACCGUCUUGUGUGGCAUCUUGGGGAUGAGGAGGUUCAAAUUCGAUGUGUGGUCCAACGAUGUGAACUUGGCCAAUCUCAUGGAGCAGCUCGGAGUGGCCGGCAAGGUUCACAUUUCUGAGGCCACAGCAAAAUACCUAGAUGAUCGGUACGAAAUGGAAGAUGGGAAAGUUACCGAACGCCUUGGCCAGAGCGUUGUUGCUGACCAGUUGAAAGGUUUGAAGACAUACCUGAUAGCGGGUCAGAGAGCGAAGGAGUCUCAUUGCAGCUGUACAGAGGCCUUGCUUUCAGGCUUUGAGGUCAUUGACGGCUCACGGGUGUCCUCAGGUCCUAGGGGACAGGGGACAGCAUCACCAGGGAGUGUCAGUGACUUGGCGCAGACUGUCAAAACCUUUGAUAACCUUAAGACCUGUCCUUCAUGCGGAAUCACGUUUGCCCCCAAAUCGGAAGCUGGUGCAGAAGGAGGAGCAGUCCAAAAUGGUGGUCAAGAGGAGCAUAAAAACAGCACCAAGGCUCCUGGAGCACCUAAUUCCAAAACUCAAAAUGGACUUCUGAGUCCUCCGCAAGAGGAGAAGCUCACCAACAGUCAGACAUCCCUGUGUGAGAUCUUACAGGAAAAGGGAAGGUGGGCAGGAGUGAGCUUGGACCAGUCAGCUCUCCUUCCGCUGAGAUUCAAGAACAUCCGGGAGAAAACAGAUGCCCAUUUUGUUGAUGUUAUCAAAGAAGACAGCCUGAUGAAAGAUUAUUUUUUCAAGCCACCCAUCAAUGAGUUCAGCUUGAACUUCCUGGACCAGGAGCUAGAGCGAUCCUACAGGACCAGCUAUCAAGAAGAGGUUAUCAAGAAUUCUCCUGUGAAGACUUUUGCCAGCGCCACCUUCAGCUCUCUCCUGGAUGUGUUUCUGUCGACAACAGUGUUUCUGAUUCUCUCCAUCACUUGCUUCCUCAAGUAUGGGGCUGCCGGCACACCUCCCCCGCCUGCUGCCCUGGCGGUCUUCAGCGCCGCCCUGCUGCUGGAGGUGCUGUCACUCGUGGUCUCAGUCAGGAUGGUGUUUUUCCUGGAAGACGUGAUGGCUUGUACCAAGCGCCUCCUGGAAUGGAUAGCUGGCUGGCUCCCACGCCAUUUCAUUGGGGCCAUCCUGGUGUCACUCCCUGCCCUUGCAGUCUAUUCACAUGUCACGUCUGAAUUUGAGACAAACAUACACCAUGCUCAGCUGGAAGCGAGGCCAGGGGCGCACAUGGCAAGGGUUGGAUGGGUCAGUAACCACGCCAGCCCCUCAUUGCAGUUCACCGUGUUCACGGGCUCCGCUGUCCUGAUCACCGUCGUGCACUACUGUAACUUCUGCCAGCUGAGCUCCUGGAUGAGGUCCUCCUUAGCCACCGUUGUCGGGGCUGGGCCCCUGCUCCUGCUCUACAUCUCCCUGUGCCCUGACAGUUCCAUAGUAAUUUCACACCUUGAUGCAGGACAGAAUUUCAGUUCCGAGGGGAAUCCGUGCAAUAAUUCCUUGCCGCGUGACGGCAGAACCGCCAGCCUGAUUGGCCAGGAGGUGAUUCUUGUCUUCUUUCUUCUGCUCUUGUUGGUCUGGUUCCUGAAUCGAGAAUUUGAGGUCAGCUAUCGCCUGCACUACCACGGGGACGUGGAGGCGGACCUUCACCGCACUAAGAUCCAGAGCAUGAGGGACCAAGCUGACUGGCUGCUGCGAAAUAUCAUCCCCUACCAUGUGGCUGAGCAGCUGAAGGUCUCCCAGACUUACUCCAAGAACCAUGACAGUGGAGGUGUCAUCUUUGCCAGCAUCGUCAACUUCAGUGAGUUCUAUGAGGAGAACUAUGAGGGGGGCAAGGAGUGCUACCGGGUCCUCAAUGAGCUCAUCGGGGACUUUGAUGAGCUCCUGAGCAGGCCGGGCUACAGCAGCAUCGAAAAGAUUAAGACCAUUGGGGCCACGUACAUGGCUGCCUCCGGGCUGAACGGCGCGCAGUGCCAGGAUGGCAGCCACCCGCAAGAACACCUGCAGGUCCUGUUUGAGUUUGCCAAGGAGAUGAUGCGCGUGGUGGACGACUUCAACAGCAACAUGCUGUGGUUCAACUUUAAGCUCAGGGUUGGCUUCAACCACGGGCCACUCACAGCCGGGGUCAUCGGCACCACCAAGCUGCUGUAUGAUAUCUGGGGCGACACCGUCAACAUCGCCAGCAGGAUGGACAGCACAGGGGUGGAAUGCCGAAUCCAGGUGAGUGAGGAGAGCUACCGUGUCCUGAGCAAGAUGGGCUACGACUUCGACUACCGGGGGACAGUAAACGUUAAGGGCAAGGGCCAGAUGAAGACCUACCUAUACCCAAAGUGCAUGGACAGCGGGGCCGUGCCACAGCACCAGCUGUCCAUCUCCCCCGACAUCCGAGUCCAGGUGGAUGGCAGCAUCGGGCGGUCUCCCACGGAUGAGAUCGCCAACCUGGUGCCUUCUGUACAGAACGUGGACAAGACGUCUCUGGGGUCCGAAAACAAUGUGCUGGCCAAGGACACUCACCUGUCCUCUAAGAGGCCAUGGAAAGAGCCUGUCAAAGCUGAAGAAAGAUGUCGAUUUGGCAAAGCCAUAGAGAAAAGUGACUGUGAAGAAGCAGGCAUGGAAGAAGCCAGUGAGCUCACCAGGCUCAACAUUUCCAAGAGCGUGUGACGCAGCACCCAUCGCUGCCACGGUGCUCUGCUCCUCGAAACACAAUUACAUCUGUACUUGCCUGUUGUGCGUUCGAGCGCCACCGCCUCCAUCCCCAGACGUGGUGUCAUGUGGUCAUUACCCUGACGUCUGUGUGCGCCACAGCUAUUCAGGGCUUGUUCCCAUCUGUCUCUUUGCUUUUUCUCCCCUGGAGCCCUGUCCUCUGGGUGUGACCGUUCAGCAGCAUGGAGGAGAACAAGUGCCUUCAGGGGCUGACUGUGCCCUCGCAUCUGGGGACAGAGGCCACCCAUGGAGAUCGCAGCAUUGGGUAUUGCUGGACUUUAAAACAAAAGCUGUGGUUAAGAUAUCAUUUUUAUUGCUUUUUCUCACAAGACACUUUGGGUCUUUGUUUUUUGUUUUGUUUUUGCUAGUACAAUGUUUUUGCGGUUUAUUUUUUUCUAUAUACAUAAUAGUGUUUUCCAGUGACCUGACCUUUCUAUGUAAACAUGUACACGCACACACACUUUCACUUAUGAAUCUGAGAUCAAGUGCCAGUAACUCACUGUGAGGGGAGGUGGGGGGGCAUGGGCUGCGAGCAGCAGCCAGCCAGGACGGCCUGUGCCCUCCCCACCUGCGCCUUCCAGAGCACCUGGGCCCUCGGGGCUGUGGGUGCACCGCUCCCCAGCCCCGCGGCAUUAGGGCUUCCUCUGUGUGCAGGCCAAGAUUCCAGAUGCUAACCAGUAGCAGAGCCUGUGAGCCCAGGCCUCAGGUAUUUAAAAGCCGUGUUUCAUUUUGCCCCAGAAACCGAGGGGUCUUCCAGCUGGGAGCCGAAGGGGUUUGCCUUUGAAGCUGAAUCCUCUGAGAGGGAAGCUCAAAAUAAACGUCUGAGGGUUGCAUUUAUUUAUUUAUUUAUUUAUCAGGAAAUGUGUGUUUUGGGGAGGAGCCGCCAAGUCAUUCUGGCGAAGGGACAUAGGCUGGGGAGGCACAGCAGAAGUAUGAGAAGGGACAUAGGCAGAGGGCACAGCAGAAGGAUGAGAAGAUGUCCAUUAGAGCUUCAGCUGCUUUGGGUCCCCCCCACCCACCAAAAGGGGCUGAGCAAGACCUGAACGGCCGUGCCCUGAGGCCGACUGGGUCACAGUUGAUAAACCUAAUGAGCACUGCUGCUUCUGUCCUGUGUGCAGCAGAUCCAUGCCUGUGGAGCCUCCCUGCUCCGGGGGUCGAGUCAGAGCCCUGCUCCCAGGAGGCAGGAGGCCUGGGCUGAGCACAAGGUGGGCAGGCAGUGCCCGGGGGACUUGGCUCCCACACAUCCGAGAAGCUCCUCGUCCUUUGCUCUUGUUGGCUUGUGCAGGACUUCUGUGUGGCAGGAUGGAACCCAGUGAAGUCCAGCCCCCUUUAGAUGGAGUUCUCACACUGUGUGUAGAGACACAGUCAUCUGCAUGCACGUGAGGUGUUGAACCAGGGCAAGUCUAGAAAACCUAAGGAGAUUCACUUCUGGGCCCCUGUUGCUGAUCCUGCCUGUGAUGUUUUGCCACGUUGAGUCCAGAGUGUAUGUAGACUUGAACUCAGGCUAGUGUUGCCCUGCCGUAGGCAUUGUUGUUAUUUUCAAGGUGACUCGGUGUACGAUUCACAGGAUAAUCUGAGGACUAGCUCCUUCUCUGUUAAGAUCUUCACUGGCAUACCUGGCAUACCCUGUGCAUUUUCUUUUCGCUGCUAAAUCUCUGUAUAACUGUCACAUCAACAUCAAGUCCCAUUAUCAGCAAACCCCUACCACGCCCCUCAAUUCAUACAGAAUCUGCCAUUUCUGGCAUCAGGAAAUACUGCUUCUGAUUGGCCAGCUCCCCGGGAGGACAUGUAUGGGAUGGCCUCCCAGCAAUGCAGCCAUAGCCAGGAUCUUGAUGUCCCAGGGAGUCGAGAGCAUUCUCACUAAGAUCUUCCUUCAGAUUUUACUGUCAGUUUGUUGGUCUUCCAAUGCUGGAGGAAGGAUGGUGUGACAAUACCUCUUGCUUCUAAAGAAUGUAUUCUUAUAAGAUACUGCAGGAUUUUUAUCUUUAUUUUAAAACACUACCUGACACUGUCCUUGUCUGUAGGGACUGUGGGCAUGUUAGGGGCUUCUCCCAUCAGUGUUAAGGCAUGUAUUUGAGUGUGAUCCUCUCCUUUUGCCUUCUGUCCUCAGGCUCUUUAGCUCUGGCAGCAGCUAAGGGGCUGGGUGGUUGCCGACGAGUCACCUGUGUCUCUGCUGUUCCGCUCAGAACAUGCUCUAUCUACAAGGUCCAUCUCUGCACAUGCUUCCUCCCCAGCACAUUGUCUUUUUUCUUCCCCUCCUGCAAAGAUGUUUGUGAUUCCUGAUCCUGGGAAGCCGCAGAUUGCAGGGAGAUGGUCUUAACAUCUGGUGAUCUGGUCCAGCAAUGUGCAAAUUGGAGCCUUUGAUGGAUGGCUCACCCAGAGUUUCAAAUUGUCUUUAAAAAACACCCUGAGCCUUCCUAAAUAACCAGUACAGAUGUUCUCUCUGGGCCACUAGGCGACUUGGGUCCUUCCCGGUUCCCUGCCCUGAAGCAUACCUCAACGCAGGACCACAAAAUCUCUGCAACAGAAAUGCUGUGCAUCCAACUCUGUUGGCGUUGAACAAAUAGUCACUGAGGACAGGUCCCUAAGCAGCGGUUCAAGUGCUACCAAUACAAUGGAUGUGCUCUUCACAGUGGCAAUACCUCCUACGAACUUAGGUCAGGAAGCAAUACUUCAGAAUUGAAUGUGUGUAAAUAGUCGCUUUGAGUUACAAUUGCUGUUUUCUUGGCCCCAAGUCAGAUCGAAUUAUACAUAUGUGUGUGUGUGUGUGUGUAUACACACGCACACAUAAUUUUAUCCAGUGCAAACAAAUGUAGAGCAUCAGUUAUGAAGCCCUUAAGUAGCUUGAAGAGUCACACCGAUUAUGCAACACCUGCACGCGACUCCAUUAACACUGACUCCGCUCACGGAGGCAACACCUGCACAUUUGCACACGACACUGAGAGCCAGAGGGCCGCGUGCUUCCCGCUACGUGGACUGUAAUAAUUUGUAGUUUCCAAAGAUCUGUCUGCGUUUGCAUUUCUAGAUUUUUGAGGUAAGCAUUUUUUGGCUGGUUGUUUCAGAAAAUCACAUCAUGCCUAGAACCUGAAAUUAAAUUAACAAGAACCAACUGUUUGCAUUUUCCGUCUUUCCUUCACUCUGCUCUUUUUAAAUUGUUAAUUCUUUCAGAAUGCAUCCACUCAAGAAAUGGAUAUUAAAAUAUUCUAAAAUCUAAA